AGCCCGGUUUCUCCUCCAGAAGAAAAUAAAUAAAUAAAUAAAUAAAUAUUUAUUUCACUUCCCUAUAAACUUCAAACUUCAAUUUUGAAUUUCAAAGUGAUAACUAAAUUUCAGUUGAAUAAAUUUACGUGUCACACCAACUUUGACACUUUGACAUCAAAUUAACAAAAGAAUGGGUGAUUUUGUUAUCGUUAAAAUAAAUAAAGCUAAAUAACUUGUCAUCCAAAUUUUGUAAUUCGAUGAUGCCAUUGAAUCUCCCUUUCGUCCAAUUGAAGCGCAACAAGGUGCUCGACAAUGCCGCCGUGUCGGAAUGUAAAACGGUCAAAAUUUCGGGAUGUUUUCUAUGCGGGAUAAAAUCAGUGGCAGAUUCUCGGUCACUGCCAGACAAUGUCACCCGGCAGGAAAAAGCGGCCUUAUUUCGUGACCUCUUAAUUAAUCCAACCGUCCGUAAAAAUACGUCCCCGUCAAGUUAUAACCAAUUCAUGUCCAGCACGGAAUCCUGUUCGGAUUGCUUAUCACUCAUUAAGGAAGUGUACGCCCUUCGGCAAGGAAUUGUCGACUUGGAGAAAGAGUUGGAAAACAGGUUGGAAGAAUCCAGGCGAAAAUAUUUAAAUGGAUGUGAAAUAGUCGCCAAUAGUUUGACAGUUGGGCGUAUCAAACUUCACGCAGGUGGACAAUACAACUCGUCAACUUUAUCUACAGUACCAGCAAGAAAAUUUUCACCUAUGCAAAUGUCGCCAGAAGUCGAGGACGACGAAAGCAUAGACACCGAAGAAGAGGAAGAUAUGUCUUCAGAAUUUGUCGCUGAAAAGGAAAAUAUGUCCAUUGAUGAAGAAGAGGAAGUUACACCCUCAGAAUUUCAGGAGGAAAUGUCCUCAAAAUUCGACCAAGAAGAGGAAUAUACACCCCCAAACGGCAAACCAACGGGGAGAACACUGCAGGCGAAAAACGAACAUUCUAAUAACGCGACCAUAAACCCUUCUGCGAACACCAAUGGCUUGAUAUGCUCCAGGUGUGGCAUGACUUUUUCCAGGAACGACACCUUUAGGCGACAUGAAAGACGACAAGUUUGCAAAGAAAACAGAAAUCCCACAAAAAUUGAAGGGGCCUUCUCAUGUUCAAAAUGUUUCCUACUAUUCCCCACCAGGAGAUGGCAUAUUAUUCAUGAGAUGCACGUUUGCAAUGUCGUCUACACUCAGGAGCAAGUGGAGCCCUUGACGCUAUACACGUGUCCCCUGUGUGACAAGCAGUUUGUGGAUGUGUGGCAGUAUAAACGUCAUUACAGCACCCAUUCCGAGGUGGAGAAAUCAGUCGUUCUGGAUCAACUCCCACGUCGCCAUCAAGAUAACCAUACCUCAAAAUAUGUAAAUGAAUGUGAAAUACUCGGUAAUAGUUUGACAGGUAGGCGUAUCAACGAAAGCAUAGACCCCGACGAAGACGAAAAUAUGUCUUCAGAAUGUGACGAAGAGGAGGAAAAUAAGCCCCCAAACGGCAAACCAACGGGGAGAACACUGCAGGCGAAAAACGAACAUUCUAAUAACGCGACCAUAAACCCUUCUGCGAACACCAGGAGCUUGAAAUGCUCCAACUGUGGCAUAACUUUUUCUUCUUGGGCCAACCUUAAGCUACAUGAAAGACGACAAGUUUGCACAAAAACCAGAAAUUCCGUAUAUAUUGAAGAGUUCUUCUUCUCAUGUUCAAAAUGUUUCCAACGAUUCCCCACCAAGAGACGCAAGAUUAUUCAUGAGAUGAACAUUUGCAAUGUCGUCUACACUCAGGAGCAAGUGGAACCCAUGACGCUAUACACGUGUUCCUUGUGUAGCAAGCAGUUUGUGAAUUUGUGCGAUUAUCAACGUCAUUACAGGUCUCAUGCCGAGGUGAAGAACUCGGUCGAUCUGGAUAGACGUCCACGUCGCCAUCGCGAUAACCAUACCCCUGCAAGAAAUGUUAGCUUCGUCGCUCAGAAAUCGGUUGAUUCAGUGCGUCAACCCCAAGAUAACCGUAGCCCCGUAAGAAACGUUGUGCAUCACCAUCAAGCUAACCCUAAACCCCUAAGAAACGUUAGUUCCAUCACUGAGAAAGAAAUUCCCCCCUAUGAACCACUACUCGGGGGCAAGCUUACAAUCCACAAUUGUCCCCAUUGCACCAGAUGGUUUGUAAAAGAAGACAAUUUAAGGACGCAUUUGGCAAAGGAUCACCGCACCAAAUCAUUUUUAAUAAAAACUAAACAAAUCAUUUAACAAUUAUUUUCCGCACUUUAUACAUAAACUAGCGUAUAAGCCCGUCUCGCGCCGGGCGAGGGCUGAUUUGACUUUCAUAAAAAUUGGAUGGAAUUGUUGAAAUAUUUUAGUUGUAUUAUAAGCUGAAGUUCUUCAUCACAGAAGUCCAAGGAAUUUGUAACGAAGGUGAAAGUGAUGUUCAUCUCAUAUAAUACAAAUGAGUUGACGAAGAUGAUGGAAGUUGAUGUAUUAGGAAAACUAAAAUAUUAAAAUAUAAGAAAUCUAAACAAUGCUCAUGCCAUGCUAUAUACAUAUUCUUAUAUGGUAAUAAAUAUACGGUAACAAUGAAUGAAAUUAAAUUUAAGGAAUUAAAUCAAAAUAACA